CUUACCUCCUCUUCUACACCUUGGAGAAGACCUCCCCCAUGGAGGAGUGGAGGAUGGAGACCAUCAGUGGAGAACGUUUGACCCAACAGGUCUUGGACCUCAGCUUGGACUCCAUCUACUACUUCAGGAUCCAAGCUAAGAACUCCAAGGGUGUAGGACCUCUCUCAGAGCCUGUCCUCUUCAGGACCAUGAAAGGGGACCACCCUGACAAGAUGCCCAACGACCAAGGUCGUCAUGGAGAUGGUUCCUACUGGGCAGUGGACACCAAUGUGGGGGACAGGAGCAGCUUGAACGAGCCUCCCAUUGGCCAGAUGCAUCCUCCCCACGGGGACCUCCACCCUCAGAAGACCUCCAACCUCCUCCUCAUCCUGGUGCUCACCCUUGGCCUCCUCACCCUGCUGCUGGUGGUGGUGGUGGCCACCAUCUGCACUCGAAGGGCUUCAGCCCAGCAGAAGAAGAAGAGGAAGGGAAGUCAGAAGGACCUGAGACCUCCUGACCUUUGGAUCCACCACGAGGAGAUGGAGCUGAAGGCCUUGGAGAAGACCUCAGGGGGAGAAGGUCCCAGGAGGGAGUCUCCAAGAGGGCAGGAGAUGACUUCAGUUGGUGGCAACCAAGGAGAAGCUCAGGUGGAGGCCACCAAGAGUGGUCCUCAAGCUCCUGAAGCAGAAGAAGUUGGCAGCUCCGUGGCCACCUUGGAGAGGUCUUUGGCCACCAGGAGGACCACCAGGACCAAGUUGAUGAUCCCCAUGGAGCCUCCAGGCCCCAACCCAGCCGUGGUCAGUGCCAUCCCAGUGCCCACCCUGGAGAGCGCUCAGUACCCAGGGGUGUUGCCCUCCCCCACUGGAGCCUUCCCUCCCCCCCACUUCCCUCUGCGCCCUCUGCCCUUCCCCAGCCUGCCUGCUGACAGGAGCUUCGCUGCUGCCCGAGGUACUUCCUCCUUUACUUCCUCUUUUACUUCCUCCUUUGCUUCCUUGUGCCAUCCUCCUGGGCUGCUGCCCUCCCCCACUGGAGCCUUCCCUGCCCCCCACUUCCCUCUGCGCCCUCUGCCCUUCCCCAGCCUGCCUGCUGACAGGAGCUUCGCUGCUGCCCGAGCCACCGAAGGCCCUGCCCAGCAGCAACCUCCUCUGCUCCCCUCCGGCCACCCUGACCCCCCCAGCGGGGAGGAGGCCCCCAGCAGGACCAUCCCCACUGCCUGUGUCCGUCCCACUCACCCCCUCAGGAGCUUUGCCAACCCUCUGCUGCCUCCCCCCAUGAGCUCCAUCGAGCCCAAGGUCCCUUACACGCCCUUGAUGGCCCAGACAGGACCUCCUGCUGGCAAGGUCCAGGUGAAGACAGCGUCCUUGGGGCUGGUGGCCAAAGCCAGGUCCCCUCUGCUGCCUGUUUCGGUCCCUACUGCUCCUGAGGUGGCAGAAGAAGGCCAGAAGGAGGUGGAGGACACCACCAACGUCUAUGAACAGGACGACCUGAGCGAGCAGAUGGCGAGUUUGGAAGGGUUGAUGAAGCAGCUCAAUGCCAUCACUGGCUCAGCCUUCUGAGCCUUCCUCUUCCUCCUCUUCCUCCUCAUCCUCAUCUUCAGGAGCGACUUCCUCUUCCACUUCCUCUUCCACUUCCUCCUCGUUCCGGAGCGAAGGAAGUGAAGUUGAGAUCUCCGUUGAGGAGUUUCCUUCUUCUCCUUCUUCUCCUUCUCCUCCUUUUCCUCCU